UCCAGUCCCCAUGUGGUGAGCUUACUGGCCCCUGAAUGAGUAUGGAAAUGAAGAUUACAGAAAGUCUUAGUGAAUAGUGCCUGGGUCGUUUGAAAAUCUCCACUGGGUUUGUGGUGUGUGAGCUGCGGUGCAGGGGAAAAAAGAGGGUGGCAAAGUUAAGGUAUUAGCAGUUAAGGGUUAGGAAAUUGAUCCUGAGAGGUCACAUAGGGAACACUGACGUGAAUACAAUGAAAAGAGAUCGCUCACUCACAACCUCCGUCAGUCAAGGAAAAAAGAGGGAGAACACAUAUCUGCAGUGCAUGAGAAACUGAAAUUCAAAACGGAAAUAUUGGAUUCCUUUGUGAGGAUCUUCACAGUGCCCAUCUGACACAGUAUAUGGAUAUAAUUAUGAUAUGCAACCGAGAUGUGGGAGGAUUCUGUUUUUUUUUAAAUCUGCAAAAAUGGAUGAUGAUGUGAAUAUCCUCUCAUAACAAUAGGAAACAGAAUUCUUUAGAAAAAAGUGAGGACAAGCAAGGAAUCAUUAAGCUCAGAAUGAACAUUUCCUCAGGUCAAAUUCUACAAUUAUUUUAUAACACAAAGCUCUUCUGAGGCAUACUUAAUCUCUUGAGGUAUGGAUUAACAAAGUAAUUCAGAGGAACCAUCAAGAAAAUACAAGAGCAUUAAUAUUUCAUCCAAAUUUAUGAUUGGCCAAUUUAGAUGCUCAGUUAUGAAGGAAAUUUCAAUAAUCUUUAAUAUUUAAUGAAAACUCCUCAAUCUGCAUGCGAACAAAGUCCCUGAUACAAGAACCUUGCCAAAAAAUUCAAUGCAACGGAAGAUGAUGUUCAAAGUAAGGAGGAAACACCGAAUUAUCAAGAGGCCUAUGAUGACGGAAUCCAUCCCGGAGGAGUCUCCCACAAGGGAGAAUGGAGGGGACAACACUGAUGGGACAAACCAAGAUGCCGAUGAAGACGUCUCACUUAACGACCUCUUUUUGGCUGUCAAGACAGACAUGCUGAGAAACAUCCGUGAUGAGCUAGCCCUGCGUCUUGAAAUCCGUUCAAUCAAAGAACAAUUCUUAGAACUUUUGAAAGAGUGUGAGAAAAGCACAGAAUUCCAGAAAAUGGCCAACAUGAAUACUGAUUCAAACUCCAAAAAGCCCCUGGAAAGAAUCAAAGAAUCUCGUGAAGAGUGUGGAAGUGACAGUGAACUUGAAGCACGUGCCUGGAGGAACACACUGAGACUUCAGAGAGACAUGAAUUCCAAUUACAAACAUCCUCGGGAAAAACUGAGAGUCUAUACCAAAGAUUCACCUAGGCCGAGACCUAGAGUGAGAAAUACAUCUGCCAAAUCAGACUCCGAUUUAAUUGGCCACGAAAGCUCAGGUACCGAACAAAAAGAGAACUACCAGCCAGGAAUGAAAUAUUAUGACUCUGACUCGGAGAUGGAUAUUGACAAUGAUUUUGAGCCUGGUUUAGAGUGUUAUGACCUGGACAAGGAAUAUUACCCUGUGAAUAAAAAACAUUCAAAGCAUCAUCGCAAACACGUCUCUGGUAGACAGCGUUCUCAUUCCCACUCUGCAGACACUGUGAAUGACAAUAUGGCAGAUUCCCAUAAUGACUUUCAAUCACAGGGAUCAGGACAUUUAGUGGUAUUAGAUGCCAAACCUGAAAGACCACCCAAACCUAAACUACUUCCAUAUGGAUCUGGAAGCAAGGAUGAAACACUUGUGGCUAACCAUGAACUCAAUAACUUAUCACAAGAUGAGGUUUUCAGUGCAGAAAAGCCACCACCACGCCCUCCAAAAUCAACUUCCUGCACCCCUCCCCCAAGGCCCCCCAAACUUUCUUCAUCUUCCUCUUCUUCCCCUCCUCCCCGUCCACCCAGGAACCCAGUUGCAGCCAAACCCAUUCCGCCCCAGCCACCUAGACCCCCCAAGCCUUCUCAUCUCAAAGCAUGCUUGAAAGAUAGCACCUCAGUGCAGUACAGAGAUGUACCCCCACCACCACAUUCUGUCGACUCCACAAACCAAAGCAAAGUUGGGAGGUCUCCAGAUCAGCGUAAAUCUUCCAUUACCGAUGGUAUCUCUGAAGCCAUGGAUAAUAUACUGGAUAGCAUCCAUGCCCAUAAGCCGCCACUGCUGCGCAAAUCCUCGUCUGAGAGCACAAACACUCACAGUACAGGUAGACUGAGUUUUCAUGAGAACACUUUUGUCCCUGAUACAGCCUACCAUACAAAUCACUCCGGGCAUUUGCCAUCAGAUGGAGUUGUUAAUCAAGACAUUCCUCCUCCACUGCCACCAAGAAGGUUCCCUGUUCAGAUCUCAGAUACCAGCACUCCCCCUAAAAGGCCUCCCAAACAUAUAAUUUAUAACAACGAGAAAGCACCACUAGCAUCCCCUGGGAGCUAUAGACUUAACAAUGGACAGAUACACCCUGAUGCAGCUGAUGAUUCUCUGUCCGAAAUAUCAUCAAUUGAUGAUGGUGGCAACAACUGGGCACGGAAUGCCGACUCAGAUGACACAUACAGUGACAAUUCCAGGUUGUUUGACCAGGUUGAAAAGCAACUUAUUCAUCCAAACAGACGCAACCACAUCAACAGGAGGAGUGGUUUCUUGAAGGAAAUUCAUCCCAAGCACUACCGCUGCCCAGAUCACGCCCUUCAUGUUGCUCUGGGAGAACCCUGCUCCUACUACCUUCAAGACAGGAUGUCUCUUAUAGGUAGUGGAGAAUGGUAUGAGCAUGGGAGCUCUGAUCUUUCUGACUCUGAGGGUUCCAAUGGCUCAGAUGCGUCGUCAGAAGGUUCAGAUAUUUCAGACACAACCUCGGUGACAAGAACUAUUGACAGUGACUUUAGACGUGGAAUAAGCCGCACCUCCUUCCAAUCAGGAUCAACAAUCCAAGGAGGCUCCACCCUCCCAUCAACAACUGACCAAUCAGAUAUUGACAAUGACUAUCAAUCAGGGACUCUGACUGAUGGGCAUGGAACCAACCCUGGGGAUCUAUCUGACUGUGGAAGUGUAUCAUCCAUGGAUGCUACAAGGGAUUCUCUCCCAGACACAAGCCUGUUGUCGUCCCCUUCCUCGCGAUCUUCAUACAACGAGUUUCAGGAUAUAGCAGAUAAACUUUCUUCGCCUACAUCCAUCUUAGACAGUGGGAUGUUGCUGGCACCCCCUCCCUCUGCAGGCACAGCAAGCCCCUUCAGUGUUGACAGCUCUGGGCUGCCUGUCCCAGUUAAUUCUCCAAUAAUGACGGACUCUGGUGGAUCACGUUACAGCUACUCCAGUUACUCGGCUAUGACGGAUUCCACGGGUUCCAGACUCAGUUAUGCCUCCAGACUUAGUUUCAGUGGUUCCAGGCUCAGCUACUCUAAUAUCACAGACUCUACGGGGUCCAGACUCAGCUACGCAUCCAGGUUUAGCUACGUGACAACUGAUUCGAGUGGAUCACGCCUAAGUUACGCCAUGGCCAGUACUGACGAGUACUCAGACUUCCCGCCUUGGGACCAAUACCAGAUGCCAAAGAGAUUCAAACAGUUUCAAAUUCAUCAAAUGUCAUACAGUGCUGAAAACCUCAAAUACCUUGGACAACAGCCAAACGGGACAAAUGGGUUCCGCCAGCCGUUAAUUCAAGGAAAUGAUGGGGAUUCUGGGAUUACCAGCCCAGAGGACUCCUCCUCGAUACCAAAUGGUAGAGCCUCUUCCGUGAAGGAUGUCAGAGAAGUGGCUUACCGAGAUAUUGCAAAGCCAUCUGCUAGCAUUACUAAUGUGGCUAGAAAUGCUGCAAAUGACCAAUCGUUGUUGAGAGAGAAGAAAAAAUCCCUCAGAAAGAAAUUCAAGCAUUUCACAAACACUUUUUACAAGAAGUCUUCCCACGAUAUGGAAAUCAAAACUCUAGGUACUGUUUGAAUGAAGCAUAUUUAGAACACAGAAAUGUCAAGUGGUUUUGUGAAGACAGUGAAAAAAUAUAAUAUUUUUUUUAUAAAAGCUAUCAUUAAACUCCCUAAAAAGAAAGAUAUUGCAGAAAAUCUUUUCAGGAGGGUUUGAUCAGAGACAUAGGAUGGCUUGUUAAAAGUUAAUCAUAACACGGUAAACAUUUCACAAAUACCUUAGUAAAAACUGAUAGGAUAUAAUUCUACAUUAGCCACAUGACUCAAUAGCUUAUUAAAAGUUGAGCAAGUUAUACCUUGUAGUAAUGGAAGGACCUGUUGGAUAUAAAUCAACAGCAUAUUUGUACCCAAAAAAGUAACACAAUAUUUACCUAUCAAUAGGUGCUGACAUAAAAACAUUCAUACAGGGAUCCAAACAUUCCAAAAUAAUCUAUAAAGUAUAGUGCCGAAACAAAAACAGCCCUAAACUCUUUUAUGUCAAUGUUCAGUUGAGAUUGAGUUUUUUGUUUGUUGCAAUAUUAUGCCACUUGAUUGAAGAAUCUCACAGUAAAGUAAAUAAAUGCUGAUUUGUAGUAAUAUACAUGUGUAAAUUCUCAGUCCAAGACUCGUGCUUGCCAUUUUAUAAAUGAGCAAUAGCUAGAUCAUUAGACUGCAGGGAUGGUAUCAUUUUACUCUUCAAUGUAAUAUAUCUCUUUUCUGCCAAUCAAGCUGUGUUGUGUACAAUAAA